AUGGUGUCACUGUCGGCGCUGUUUGUCCACGUGUGCAACGCCCAAAUUCUAACCAUCCCCGCCCGUAGGUUCCCUGCGAAAAAUGUGUUUCGAGAGGUUGUGGAUCGAUCUGUCCAGAUGGCAAGAGUUUUGCAACCUGGCAAAGGAGGCCGUUUAUACUUGGCCGACACAGAAGAAUUGUACAAUCGUAUCGAAGACAUUUCUUCUCGUAACCGGGAACUAGAGGCGGCCCUUCGCAAACUCCAGGAAACAGUUUCUCCAGAACAACCACAUCCGCUACUGGCGACGAAUGUGCUCAGACUGAACACUCAGCAAGGCACCCCGUCUGAGCCCAGUACAUCUUCCUCUAGCAAGUCACCUUCAACUUCAAGAAUCAGCCCAACGACGCACCCACCAGAAACUGAUCUCCCGGGAAUGAAAGUAGACGAAGAGCAGCAUGUUGUGGAUGCAUUUGGCACUUUGGCAGUUAAUCGACUAGGGGAAUCGAGCUUCCUCGGUAGGAGUGCUCGCCCGGAGGUUACAAAUCUACCACGAAGAAUGCACCGGCCUGCUCUUCCACGAUUAAGCCUACGAAUAAGAGAGGCAUCAUUUCCAGAAAGAGAGCUUUACAACGACACUCUUCUCGCUGAGAUUCUAGAGUUUCUCCCCCCACAGGCCGAGGCUCUGCAUUUGUGCGAAGUGUAUCUGGAAUAUGGGAAAUAUUUGUAUGCACCCAUUUCGAAGCAUGAGCUUCUAGAGGAAACUCUGGCAGUGGUAUACCGAGCAAGGCAAAUUCACAUGGCCCACUAUAUAGAACUAAGUGAUAUGGAACCGGAGGGCUUUGAAUCCGCAUGGAUACAUGUCGGAAAUGCUGUACGUCUUGGGAUGAAGGCUGGCCUGAUUUACCAAUGGAAUAUCAGUUUCGCAAUUCUUCUCCACGAUGUAUUACAAACGGCAUUCGGACCGAAGGAGCCACCUUAUUCCACCAUCACAGACCUCGACCGUAAAAUUCGAGAUUUUCACGUCCCAAGUCAAUGGAUAACGCCAGACGAAGGUAUGGAAGAACCGCCCCUUGAAAUUGCAAUGUAUCGUUGGCUCGUUCUUUCUGCUAAAGAGAUAAGUGAGUCAAUAUCAUUAAGAGUUUCCAAUUUGCUCGUUACUAACUCGAGGACGCCAGCGCUUCUCAAUUUACAUCGCUCCUACUUUGCACUUGCCCUUCAAGAAUCGUCUGGUGAUCUCCAGCGGCAUCGAUACCUCCCUUCUGUUGUAGCUAUAUACCGUUCAUCGUGGAGACUCGUCCGAGGCCUUGCACUAACAUGGACAGUCAUACCCAAAUUUCUUGCUCGGGUUACUCUUGCGUGGUCGCAUGGCCUCUCAGCUGCUGUUGUGCUAUGCCUUUUGGUGACGCGUGCCCCUACAUCUCCUCUGACAACGCCAGCUUUAGAAGAAUUAGACCAUUUAAAUUCUUUAUUCGAUUCAGCUGCACCUUCGUGUGGGCCAGCUGAGAAAUUGCUGAAUUCUGUCCAAACGCUCCGCCGUAAAGCGCAAGAGGCGGUUGGUCUCCCACACUUCCGUUUCCACCACACUGACGAGGGUACCUCGAUAUCCACAACAGAGCUUGACAGGUUGAAUGGCAAGACAUAUCUGCAUACGGACAAUGGGUCUUCAGGGGGGCCGACAACAAUGGAUCCUCGGUCGCGUGCAACGUCGGUAACCAUCUCUGAUAUCGCCGAUGGUCAUAACCGUCCCUCUCCUUUCCACAACCACAACAUCGCCAAUUUGCACCCGACGAUAGUACGCGACCUACGUGAAUUCAGUCAUUAUAACGCCAUAUCCACCACUCCUUCGUCCAUGUCUUUUUCUGACGUCCCUAGCGUUCCACUUCCUACAACUCAUACACAAUCUCAUUCGAACCCGCGAACACUAGCUCCUCCGCCACCGCCGAGAGAUCCUUCGCCUGAGACUGAUAAACUGCUUCUACAACAGUUUGAUCCUACUCCUUCCGCUUCACAAUCUCAACCACUCCUUCCUCCUCGCAAUGAAUCGCUCUUCCAGUCUCUCCAGGCAGCAACAUACUUCCACACCCAACCAGAUUCAUUCCUAGAUCCGCGCUCCCGAAUGGGAAUGGGAAUGAUGUUCGCGCCAGGUUUUCAAAGCGGCUUUACUGGUGGUUACGGUGCAUCGCCCAUCGCCCUGGAUCCAUCGUGGAACAACUUCGUCGAGCAACUUGGGUUCGGUUAA